AAUCCAAUUUCUAUAAGAAAAGAAAAGAAAAUGACUAGUAAUUGGUCAGCUGAGAAUGCAACCAAGGCUUAUCUUCGAGCAUUGAAAAUGGGCAAAAGAGGUAAAGAGCCAGAUGUGGGAGAGUUCAUAUCAGCACUUGCAGCAGGCAACAAUGCACAGCUAAUGGUAAUAAUGGUAUCUCCCAACUCAGCUGGCAAUGAUGCCAAAUCCACCGUGCUAGCUCUCGUGGCGGCCGCGCAUCAAACCGGUGGACGAACCAUUUGUAUUCUUCCUUCUAUCCACCAUGUUCAUCAAACCAAACAAGGUCUAGGGCCAUAUGCCAAUAGUGUUGAGUUUAUGGUAAGGGAUGAUGCAAGAACCCUCUUAUUGAAUGAAUACAAAGGAGCAGACUUUGUGGUUAUUGAUUGCGAUAUGGAUGAUUAUAAAGGACUGUUUGGAGCUGCAAAAGAGGGUCUAAAGGAUCAUGGGAAUGUUAAGGGGGUUGUAGUUGGAUACAAUGCACUUCACAAGGAGUCAUGGUGUGAGGGUGGAUCUGAGGAAGAGGAGGAGAACACCCACUUCUUGCCAAUCGGAGAUGGGUUGUUGGUGACAAAAAUAGGUGGCUCCGGGAAGGUUCGUGGUGGCCAUGGUGGCUGUAAGAGGAGGAGUAGGUGGGUUGUUAAAGUGGAUGAGUGUACUGGUGAGGAACAUGUCUUUAGGAUCACUAGUCAGAAAGAGAUUAUUAAAGCUUAAUUAAAGCCAACUUGGACUCGACUCUAAUCUAUACAUGUCAGUCUCAAGCCCUAGAUUCUCAGUCGUCAUUCAAAGUUGCAGCCUGCACUGCAGGUUCGUCUUUGUACUCUGAGUCGUCCCAUGAUUAAGUUUUUAUCUUAUUACACCAUACAAGAUCCUCAGUCGAUGUCCACAUAUUGUUCAUCAAUAAUUAAAUGAUAGUUUAAUUGUGUA